CCGCGGGCGCUCGGGCCCCCGAGCCCCGUCAGCGCUGCGUCCCUGCCGCGCCGUCCUCCGGGGUCCCCACGCCUUCCGAGGAUUCCCGCCCUCCUCCGGGCUCUCGGAGCCCUUCUCCGGUCGUGCCACCCGGCGCUGGGACGGUAUCUCCCCAGGGCGCUGCGUUGUUGACAGCCUUGCGUUUCCCCGCAGGACCUUCCUCCGGGGUGGGCGGGAAACCUCAUGCAGGAGGGACUCCAAGCCAAGAAAUGCAGCGCACACAAGAUCGAAUGUGACUUCGGUUCUUUUUGUUUAGGUUUUGCAGAAAUGUGUUGUUGAACAACUCUUGAGUGUGUCUGUCGCAGCAAUAGGUGCCAAAACACAAGACUUUGUCAUACGACUUCACAAAAAAUAGUAAAAUGUCGGUUUCCUCGCCAUUCAAGAUGCGGUUAGUUCAUCUGGACCUCAAAGGGGCCCCCCCAAAAGUGUCCUACCUCGCCGAGGUCUUUCCUCUGUUCCGUGCCCUGGGUGCAAACGGCCUCCUCAUUGAGUAUGAAGACAUGUUUCCGUACAACGGCCACCUGAGGUUGCUGCGAGCCAAGCACGCGUACAGCCCCUCUGAAAUCAGAGAGAUCCUGCAUCUGGCCACGCUGAGCGAGCUAGAGGUCAUUCCCUUGGUGCAGACUUUCGGACACAUGGAGUUUGUGCUGAAGCAUGACGCUCUUGCUCACCUCCGGGAAGUGGCGCUUUUCCCCAACACCUUGAGCCCCCACGAGGCCGAGUCCCUGGCACUGGUGCGAACCAUGAUCGGCCAGGUCAUGGAGCUGCACCCGGGCGCCCGGUGGCUCCACAUCGGCUGUGAUGAGGUCUAUUACCUUGGGGAAGGUGAGGCCUCAAGACAGUGGCUGCGGCAGGGACAGAACAACAAAGCAAAACUGUGUCUGUCCCAUGUGAAGGCGGUGGCCAGCCACGUUCUGGCCCAGCACCCCACCACGACACCCCUGGUGUGGGACGACAUGCUGCGCGCCAUCCCCGAGGACCAGCUCUCAGCGUCGGGGGUGCCACAGCUGGUGGAGCCUGUGCUCUGGGACUACGGGGCCGACCUGGACAUCCAUGGCAAAGCCCUUCUCAUGGAAAAGUACCGGGAGUGUGGUUUUUCCCGGCUGUGGGCUGCCAGUGCCUUCAAAGGGGCCACGGGGGCGAGUCAGGCCCUGACCCCCAUCGAGCACCACCUCAGAAACCACAUGCAGUGGCUGCAGGUGGCAGGCGGCGGGCCAGCGGACAUGCUGCAGGGCAUCAUCCUGACUGGCUGGCAGAGGUACGACCACUUCUCUGUGCUGUGUGAGCUGCUGCCCGUGGGGAUCCCGUCCCUGGCCAUCUGUCUGCAGUCGCUGCUCCGCGGAGGCUUUGCUGAAGAUGUGAAAGCAAGAGUGGAGGACUUUCUCGGGAUUUCAAGCCUGGAAAUAACCGACUUUGCAAGUGAGGAGGCCGCCUCCUUCCCCGGCAGCGACAUCCUGGCGCUCGUCACGCAAGUCAGCCUGCAGCUGCGCAGCUCCGUGGACGCACUGCUGGAGCGGGACAGGUAUGUGACCGGCUGGUUCAGCCACUACCAUCGCAGGCGGAGGCUCAUCCACCCCGUCAUGGUUCAGCACAUCCGGCCCCAGGUGCUCAGCCUCCUGGCCAGGUGGAGCACCCUUGAGCAGGAACUGCAGGCUGCCCUACAGCGCGUUUUCUACCCAGACGCCGUGGAGGAGUGGCUGGAGGAGAACGUGCAUCCCAGCCUGCAGAGGCUACGGGGUCUGCUGCAGGACCUCAGCGAGGCGGCUGGCCCCCAACCCCUGCUGGCCAGCCCCUGCCCCGACACAGGUCAGGAACCCUGAGGGGAGGGCCAAGUGUGGACUGUUGACCUGGCUGUCACUGGGCCAAGUGUGCCCCCCACAGCCUCACCCAGCUGCACCAGACCACGAUUGCCUCCUGCUGAUGGCAGCACCCAGGCAGUGAGAGGAAAUAGGAAACACCGAAGGAAAAAGCUUGCCAGGUGGGCCUCCUGAUCUGUGCAUAGACCUUUGAUUCCUUUGAAAUAAAAAGCACAAGCUAGA